UUAGCGGAGUAAAGGAAAGGGGAUCAGAUUUUUCUACUGUAUCUUUUCAAAUGCUGUGCCUGUACUAUCUCUUCAAAAUGAAGAUAGUAUUGUAAAAAUAUUAACGCAACUCUCAAAACGACAUCAUUUUAAAGGGAUAAGAUUGGGAUAACAUUUGAGAAAAAACAGCAGCAGAGAAGUCAAUUUGAUAAAGAAGAUGUAGCAAAUUAGCACACGUGAUAUGGUGGCAUGAAAAGCUAACAUUAACUGGUAACUGCACCCAAAGACAGUGGACACAACCCAACAUUUCUGUUGUGUGCGCCAAUCAUGGAGACGCCAAGUGCAUGCUGGGACAACUGGGUCGGAGAGGCGCUCGAGACCCUUUACUCUCUCAAAGUCCUUCGAUCUCUCAGACCCAUUUGCCUCCGCAGUAGCCAGCCUCGAGAAUUCGGGGCGGACGAUGAUGCGUUCCAAGUGUUCGACGAAAUGCAGCACUGGGACCGGUCUUCUGUCGAAGUGGAAAUUGCUGAAACCACGUUUAGUAGAUGGAUGCAUGACACCCCUAGUUCUGGUGAUGAGAUUGUUUGUAGCGCAACAGGUGGUGAUGGUAAAGCAGGGGCAUCUUAUGAGAAGUUUAAAAAAUUAAUUUUGUUUUCUGGAAAUGAUUAUCUAGGCCUGAGUUCCCAUCCAACUAUUGGAAAGGCUGUUGCAAAGGCUGCCCAAGAACAUGGUAUGGGACCAAGGGGUUCUGCUCUUAUUUGUGGAUAUACCAAUUAUCAUAGGUUACUUGAGUCAAGCCUGGCAGAUUUGAAAAAGAAAGAGGAUUGCCUUCUUUGUCCCACAGGGUUUGCUGCCAAUAUGGCCUUGAUGACAGCAAUAGGAAGUAUCGGUACUCUCUUAGCUGGGAAUAGCAUACCUUCAGAGGAUGAAAAGAUUGCUGUUUUUUCUGAUGCUUUAAAUCAUGCAUCAAUAAUUGAUGGCAUUCGUCUCACUGAGCGGCAGAAAAGUGUUAAGGUGUAUGUGUAUAGACAUUGUGACAUGUCCCACCUCAAUAUGCUUUUAUCUAAUUGCAGAAUGAGGAAGAAAGUUGUGGUGACUGACAGCCUUUUUAGCAUGGAUGGAGAUUAUGCACCAAUGGUUGAGCUAGCAGACCUUCGCAAGAGGCAUGGCUUUUUGUUAGUCAUUGAUGAUGCCCAUGGAACAUUUGUUUGUGGCAAAAAUGGUGGUGGUGUUGCUGAGGAAUUCAACUGUGAGAAGGAUGUAGACAUAUGCAUUGGUACACUAAGUAAAGCUGCUGGUUGUCAUGGAGGAUUUAUAGCAUGCAGCAAAAAGUGGAAACUAUUAAUACAGUCAAGAGGUCGGUCAUUCAUAUUUUCAACUGCUGCACUAGUUCCAGUUGCUGCUGCUGGUCAUGCUGCGGUUAAAGUGGCAAAACUUGAGAAAUGGCGUAGAGAGGCUAUUUGGAACCGGGUGAAAGACUUUCAUUUGCUUACAGGAAUACCCGUUACAAGUCACAUUAUAUCCCUAGUAGUAGGCAGUGAAGACAAAGCACUUCAAGCAAGCCGGCAUUUAUUGCAAUCUGGCUUCCACGUGACUGCAAUCAGACCACCUACUGUGCCUCCUAACUCAUGCAGGCUGCGAGUGGCCCUAAGUGCAGUCCAUACAAGGGAAGAUCUGGAAAACCUUGCAGCUGCACUCUCACGUUGCAUCAAUUUCCAAGAUACCCGCAUAUAUGAUUCCAAUGCCUAUGCAAGACUGUAGCUAGCUCUUGAUUUUUCAGGAUGAAUUGCGUCAUCAACGAUUUUGUGACUAUACAGGAAAUAAGUACACCUUUAGUUCCUCAUUAGCAAGUUCAAGUCAAUUACAUUCCAAUUAGAGUGGUAGCUUAUAUUACCUCAUGUUAUAUCAAAAUGACAAGCUAUUUUGUCAACAUCUAGAUAAAUAUUGUUAAAUAUUGAUAUUUAUAUUUUAUAUGUAUUUAAUUUUGAUUAACUUUUA